AUGAAAAAAGCAUAAAUGGACAAAUUUUUCACAAAUAUGACAAAUAGAUAAUAUCUACAAAGUGUAGCAUCUCCUACAACAACUGCUUUAAGCAAGCAUAAAAGGAAUGGCAGCUCAACAAUUAUAACAGGAAAUAAAUAUUUGGUUUAUUCAAGGCAUUCUUCAAGAUUUCUCAAAGACUCUUCUUCUAAACUUCCUCUAUUAACAACAGUUAUGAAAACAGAAUCAUAAGAUACUCCUAAAACCGCUAUUGUAAAAGCACGUAAAACUAGUGCAACAUUUGGAGAUUUUCGUAUUACAUAAUUGCAUCAAAGAAAUAAAACUGAGACAAUUCUCCUAUAAAAUAACUUCAAUAUUUCAAAAUAAGAAGAAAUUAAAGAUAAUUUUGAAUAGUUUCAAAAAGAUGAAUAACCUUAAAUACCUAUUAAUGAAAAAGAAGUAGAAUAAAUAAAUUAAUAACCUCCAUCUAUAGUUAAUAGAAGUGAGGCUAUUAGAUUUUAACCAAAAGUUCAAUUAUCUGAAGUGUUAGGUGAGUAAUUUCAUUUUACAUAAAUCAGCUACAAUAGCUCUUAAAUUAUGAAAAAUUAAAUAAAAUCUAAGAUAAAUGAAAUUGAAUCAUUAAAUGAAAAGAGUUGUCAUCUAAUGAGAAAAAUUACUUAAUUGUUAAACACGCAUAGAGAUAAAUAAAAUUUGAUUGAUUAAGAAAUUAAAAAAAAAAAAGAAAUAUUAAAUUUAACAGAUCGAGUAUUCACAUAAACUUUAAGUAAUAUGCCUGAUGAAAGAACACCAAAAAUUAGUGAAUCUCAUUUUAAUUAAAAAUUGAGUACUAUUGCUAAAAAGCAAUCUAAAGUAAAUCAUAACUUUAGUGUUUAAGAAACAGAAUCCUUAGCUCCUUUAAAAACCAUUGUUGAAGCCUUAAAAGAUAAAAAAAAUGAAAAAAAAGAAACUAAAGAUAACAAGAACAAUGAAAUUAAACAAACAAAUUAAUAAAUUUAAAAUAAAAAGUUAAAAAUCACAGUUAUAUAUGAAGAAAAUGAAAAUCAAAUUGAAUUUUAAUUACCAAGCUAUAUUAAUGAAAUUUAGACAAAUUAAGAUUAAUUUGAAGUUAAGGAAACCAAAUAAUCUAACAUAUAUUCUUUAGUUACUAAAUAAAUGCUUCAAAAGUAAAAGAUGUACCAAUAUUUUCUAGUAAAUUUGCUUUGAGACUUGUCAAAAAAUUUGGAGAUAGGGUCAUAUAAACUUAAGAAGAUAAUGAUGCUAUAGAGAAUUUUAAUUCUUUUAAAGCAUCUCAAUUUACAAGAUAUUAUCUUUAAAAUCAUGUCUAAAAAUGUUUAGAAACAAAAUAUGAAACUAAAAUAGAUAAUGAUGGAAUCCAGAAUAAUAAAAAUGAUUUUCAAUUAUUUGAUUAUCCUGUAUGUUAGGAAACAUAAUUUGAAAUGCUCAGUAAAAGCACAGGAUAAGUAGGAGUAGAUCAAUACAAUAUUUAAAUUAAAGUAUAUAUUUCUACAAUAUAAGAGAGGCAACAAUAAAAAGUAAUAUGAAAUUAACAAUAAUUUUUACUAACUUUCUUCAAAAUAUUUUGAAAAUUAUUAAAGUGAAAAUAGUAUUUUAAGUCCUUCUGGAUCAUAAUUGGAUUUAAGUGAUAUUGAAAUGCAGAACUUUUUUAAAAUUAAUUAUAUCUAUUAUAUUUUAAAUUUAGUUUCUGUAAAUGAUUUAAAGUAAACUAAAUUAAGAGUUAUUGUAAAUACUGUAGAUGAUGAAACUAAAAAUAAAUUUUUGCAUGAAGAAUUAAUGAAAUUUCCAUUAAUCAUAAAUCCAAUAAAACAAGAUUUUGAAGAUCCAAAUAACCAAUGUAUGAUUAUGCUUUAUGUAGAGAAUUAUAGAAGAUAAAUAAAUUAGAAAAUUAAUUGUCUUCGAUAGAUAAGACCAUAAUUUAAAAUGAAUUCUAAAAAAAAUUUAGUUUUAUUUAGGUCGGUUUAUUUGAAGAUUAUUUAAGACAUUAAGUUAGUGAUUUAGAAAAGAUUUAUAUUGAGUAUUGUAAAACGAUGAGAGAUCUAGAUAAAUUGAAUAUAAAAGAUAGAUUUAAAACUGAAUAACCUUCAAAUUUAAAUAUACCAAGUAUUUCUAGAAGUAGAAUACAUUCUCCAACAGGAUCUGUAUAAAUAUAAAAUUAUUAUUAGAGCGAAUCAAAAACCUUAUAAAAGGAAACUAAUCCUACAAUAACAAAAGGAUUAUUGUUAAAAAAAAACAUUAGAUAAAAAAAUUUAUUAACCACUUAAAAAUAUGCAUCUUCAACAAAUGUAUUCUAAUCAAGUUCUAGUAACUUAUAAACUUUAUUACAUGGUAAUACAAAUACAAUUAUUCAUUAAUAAAAAUUUUAAACAAUACAAAAAGAUACUGAACCAUAAGUAAAUAAAGAAUCUUAGAGAUAAAUUAAAAUAAAAUAACAUUUGAACUCAUAAUCAUCUAUGGAUCCUUUUUCUCUUUUAUUUCGAAAUAUGUUAUUAUAGGAGAGUUCAUAGAGUGAUAAAUCAAACAUUGAAAGAGUAUUUUCCCUGAUAGAAAAUCAUAGACUAUUAGAUUUAAAAGAUAUGCUUCAUCAUGAUCAAAAUAUCAAUAUAAAUACUUAGGAUUAAAAUGGGAAUACUUUCUUAAUGUGUGCAGCAAGAACUGGAGCAAGAGAUGUUAUAUAAUUUUUAUUACGUUAAGGAGCAGAUAUUUCAAUAAAAAAUGUAAUAAUUAUUAAUGAUUGUAAAAUAGAACUUUGGUCUAAAUGCUAUUUAAAUAGCUAUCAAUCACUACCAAUACUAAGUUGCAGAUGAAAUUAAUAGAUUUGGCAGAUCAAAUUCAUAUAUAGCUAAUUGA